AUGUAUCCGACUUUGAUUUUUCUUCUAUUUCCAUAUUGGAUUUAUGCGGUGGUGACAAAUAUCACGGUGAUAGGGACAGUCGGUUGUUCGGGGAAGAAAAUGGCUGGUGUCAAGGUUGAGCUGUACGAUCGAGACGUUUUAAGCUACAACGAUAAAUUGGCGACAGUGACCACGAAUCGAGACGGGAGCUUUGUGUUGGCGGGAAGUGAGAACGAGAAGGGACUCGAGCCAUUCGUUCUCUUCUAUCACACGUGUCGGGCUGCGGCGAACUGCUGGCGAGUGACUCACUAUGACAUCCCGAAGGGUUACGACAAUCGAGUGUUUGACAUGUCGCUCGUCACCCUCGACAUGAAGACUUCCCAAGCUGCGUGGACAAAUGUGACCGUAACUGGGAUGUUCGUUUGUGGGAUAAGAGUGCAAAGAAAAGGAAUCAGGGUCGAGCUUUGGGAACACGACAUUUUUGAUCCUAAUGACAAAUUGGAUGAAACAAUCUCGGCACAGGACGGAACUUGGACGGUAUCUGGUGGCGAGGACGAGUUCGGAAGCAUUGACGCCUUUAUUCUCAUCUAUCAUCGAUGUGGAUUGGAAAGAACGCCCCAUUGUCAUCGUAUCAGUCAAUACUGGGUGCCAAAGCGUUUCUACAACUCUGUCUAUAAGAUGGGGAUUGUUGGCCUCGAUCUAUACACCGAGAAUGACACAUCUUGGUUUGACCCUAAUGACAAAUUGGAUGAAACGAGCCCGGCACAUGACGGAACUUGGACGGUAUUUGGUGGCGAGGACGAGUUCGGAAGCAUUGACGCCUUUAUUCUCAUCUAUCAUCGAUGUGGAUUGGAAACAUCGCGGCAUUGUCAUCGUAUCAGUCAAUACUGGGUGCCAAAGCGUUUCUACAACUCUGUCUAUAAUAUGUCGCUUGUUGGCCUCGAUCUACGCACCAAGAAUGACACAACUUGGUGUAGGAAUCUUGAUGGAGAAUUAACGCAAUGG